AUGCGCCGCCGGUUUCCCUCGUCCCCCCGUGCCUUCUUGACUGCUAGCCGAGAUGAGCGCAGACCGCCCGCACGGAGUCCCGCCAUCAGCGGACAACAAACAAGGCAACCCAGCCUCUUUGAGGGGGUCGGCGUCGGCCUCGUCGUUCUCGGCUUCCUGCGGACCGUCGUUUUCCCCCCCUGCCGCCGGCCUGCCUGCCGCGGGGGGGCGCCAGCCCACUUUCCCCCCGUCUCGGCGGCCUCAGCGAACAUGCCUCCCUUCUUCCCAACGUCCGCGCCUCCCCCCCAAUUUGGCGCGUCCUCGUUCGCGUCUUCUUCGUAUCCUCCCUCGUUUUCUUUCGCCAACUCCUUCCUCGCCGCCGCGGCCGCUCAGCACGUCGGGUCCUCCAACGCAGCGAGGCGGCCUUUCUCCGCGUUCGCGCCCGCCGGCGACCUCCCUAUUGCGCGGGGAGCGGGUCUGGGAGAGUCAAAAACUUCGGCAGGAGGGCUCGCUCCCGCGGGGGUGUCUGCCCCCCCGAAAGACGUGCCUCACAGGCCGGCGGGGGGGGCCGACCAUCCGGGGUCUGCGGUCUCGUUUUCUGACGCAGAAAGGCUUGCUGGCGGCUUCGCUAACCCCGGUGCAGCGCGCAACCCCCUUUAUGCAGCGCCGCCGCAGCCGCCAGACGCCAGCCAGACGUUUGUCGAGACGCGGCGCGUCUCUUCCAUGCCCGCUCCGUCUACGCCUUCCUCUUUUCACUGCCAAAGCUACCUCUCGAAUCUCUCUGGUCCCCGGCGGCCGCUCUCGCCCGAGCAAAUCGGGGCCGCGGCGAUGUCGGCGGCUGCGGACGGGCUGGAUGCCUACUCGCACGCUGCCGCCGCUGCUUCCUCGUCCCCGACCUGGCCGCCGUUCUCCGCUGCGGACCCUUUGUCGGCGCAGCGGCCCAUGUCCGACUGCCCUGCGACCCAGGAUAGCGCUGCGCCGUCGUCUUCGUCUCCGCUGUCAACAAUCCCCGCCUUCUCCGCUUCGGCGGCGCGGUCGGCACUGCCGCCGCCCUCGUCGCCUCGCGUUCCCUCCGCAGCCUCUGCGGCCUCGGGUGCUUCGCUCGUGCGUUCUGCGCCCGAAGAAGCUAGCGGCCAGCCAGUGUCUCGAACGCCGCCUCCCUCUGUCUCCUCGUCGCCGUUCACGUCGCAAGAACUGCUGGAUUUGCUGUAUCCCGCAGUCCAUGCGUCGUCGAGCUACAAGGCGUGGGCAAGCAAAGGCGCUGCGUCGCACGCGGCUUCCUCGCUCAGCGCCGCAUCUCCUCGUCGCCCGGCGGCCUCCAAGAGUGCGGUAUACACGAGUGCAAAGGGAGCCACGGCCUCUGCCGCGAGCGGCGGCUCUGCUGGGUCAGCUUCGCACUUCCAUCAGCUUCGGUGCGGCCUCGUUGUCGCGCAGAUCGACCAGCGAGACUUGUGGAGGAAGACCUGCUCAGAAGCUUAUUUUCGAGGCGAGAAAAGGCUCCUUCGCGCGGUCGCAGCGAGCCGCGCGAGCGCCGAUGGUGUCCAUGGCGGCGCGAGCGACGAGGAAGCAGGCGCCGAGGAGGCCAGAGCCGGAGGAAAGGAAGAAGCUGCUGCAACGCCAGUGGAAGACAGAGAGAAGGAGACGCGAAGGGGGGGGCCUCAAGAACGCAGCGAAGGCGCAGCACACACUGGAGCAGAGCUCGCGCUCUGUAGAGGCUCGCAGUCUGCAGGACGGACUGCGACAGAAACCUCACCGAAAAGCAGCCGCUGGGUCGAAGAGACUCUCGAGCAAGUCUACCUCCUCCGAGAAUAUGGCGGAAUCUUUGCAGUGCGACGCAGGCGACCAGAGUGUCUGACGCUCCUGGAGUGCCUGGGCGCACCCCCACUAGCCAUGUCUGCCAUCUCGUCGGCUUCGGUGUUUCCAGCGUCUAUAUCUCCGUCGCCGUGCGCGCGUGCAUCGUUUCUCGCGUCGCUCCUUCGCGACCCGUUCUCGCUGCCAGCGCCGGCCUCGCCGCUCUCUCUGCUCGCCGCGGCUGGUGCGUCGCCCCGCCUCGCGUUGGCGCCUCUGGUGCCUGCGUUGGCGCGGGAGUGGGAGUGCCUCUUUAACGCGCUGCGGCUCGCCGCGUGCUCCUUCUGGCUCCUGACGGAGCAGGCGGAGGCGGAGAUCGCGGAGGCCGACCGGCGAUAUCGGCGGCGCGUGGAGAUGUGGCAGCUGCAGCUAAAGCUGCGCGAGCUGCAGCAGCAGCUGCUCCAGCACCACCUGCAGGCGCCGCGGGGGAACAACUCGGUCGUCCGCCACGCCUGGAAAGUCAAGCGACGCGCGCUGUUUCACAGAUAUGCGCAAGUUGCGCAGGCCUACCGGCAGGCGCUGGCUGAGCAGCAGCCUAUCUUCGCCGUCUCGGGCGCCCCCGGCUCCGCGCAGGUCGCCCCCGCCCAACUCUUCGACGCGAAUGAAAUUUUGCCCAACAAGCGCCUGUUCAUCCGACGCGACCACUCGCCCCUGACGCUGGGAGACAUCGGCUUUCCCUCGUGCUGCUGCACCGACUCCGCAGCUGCGGUCGCCGCUGCUGGGGUCCGCGCGGGCCUCCGGCGGCUCCCGGGAUGUACGGACACCUGCGGAUGUCGCCUGUGCAUCUACGGCGGCGCGUGGCGCGAAGUGCAAUGCGGACCUGUGGAGGCCGAGGACGACGCAGCCAGCUGCGCCGACGAAACGCAAGGCGGACAGAAACGCGAGCCAGGAAGCGACAUGCCGUGUAAGGCCCUCGGCGAAAGCCCGUUGAAAGGCGGGCCGCCACACAGGGCGCAGGGAGAGAGUGGAGCUGGCGGCGACGCGUUGCGCACUGAGAGGGACGGCGCGCAAGCGGCGUCGUGUGCUGUCGAGGCUUCAACGUCGCUCUCGCCUCCCGGCGUCCCCCUCGCCGCGGCGACCGCGUCCCUGUCUCAGGGUGCGGGCCCUGCGGGCUUGGCGCCUGCAGAGGGAGUGCUCGGCCUAUCCGCUGACGACGCGGGGGCUGGCGCCGCGAGCAUCUCGGGGGUUUUGAGACGGAACGCAGACGGCGUCCUCUUUGUCGACGAGGGGUCGCUGGGCUCCAUGGAUCUUGCCCCGUCAAAUGGCGAGGAGGCCGGUUUGGGCGGGGACGCCUCCGGCCCGUCGGACGCCACGAGAGGAACGUGGAGCGUCGCUCUUUUGUCUGCGGAGAACGGCUGCACAGACGGCGGCGCGUCGCUGCUCAGACCGGCGGCUUUGCCAAGCGCGCGCGGAGACGGCAGGCGCGCUUCUGGGGCAGAAGGAGCAGAGUCGCUCGCGCUACUCCGCGCGAGGUCUGCGAGUGUGCAGGAAGACGAGGGCUCACUCGCCACGUCGCCGACGGCCCACACGGCUGCCGCAGCCUCUCUGCCUGCACUCCAGUCCACUUCUGCUCGCGCCGACUUAGACGAUGAAUUCGAGUUCGACGAUGCAGAUAUGGAGGAGGCACACGGGCAGCCGCCGGGCCACGCGGAGCAGGGUCUGCUGCACCCUGCUGGCUCGCGUGACGCCUCCUCCCCCACAGAUGCGUCUGCAGCGUCUGCCGUCGGCGGGGUUCCUGCCGCGGGCGGAGCAGGCGUACCCGCGGCUGUUGGCGGGGCCGCGGCCGCUCAGGGCCCGGCGGGCGUCGGCGGAACGCCGAUUGGAGGCGUAGGAGGCGGCGGCGCUCUUGCGGCCGGCGCAGGGGCCGACUUGGGGACGGCGGUGGCCGGCGGGCCCGGCGGGGUGUCGGGCGCGGCGCAGAUCGCGGCGGCGGGAGGCUCUGCGGGUUUAGCUGCCGGCGGGCCUCAGGCUCUGUCGGGCCUUUCGUCUGCGGUACACGCAGCGGAGGACGAGAUUGGCGGCGCUGCGGGCGAAGCCCGCGGCUUGUUCCCCACGGUGCUGCGCGAGCCGCUCUGGGGGGAAGUCGAGGGCACGCUGGAGUGCGACAUGACUCGCGUCCACCGCCUGCUUCACUGGAAGAAGAAGGAAUCCGAGGCUCUGGCCGUGGCGGCCGCCUGUGCCGCCAAAGACGCCGCAAGCAAGGCGAGAGAGAAGGCGCGCGCGCGUCUCCUGCACCAGCAGACCCCCGAAGGCAGCUUGGAGGAGGAGGAACUCGCGGCGAUCUCCAGUGCGGCGACCGCUGCAGCUCUCACUGUCGAAGAGGAAGAAGUCGCGCUCUUCUCCGAGCGAACAGAAAUGCUGAGGGCCGCUGAAGCGCACCUCGAAAAAAUGAUCGGAAAGCCUGACGCAACGGGCAUGGCCGGAGGACAGGGUUGCGGGUCGACGGCUGCUUCAGUUUUUUCCUCGGUGGCUCCUUUCGACGCGCCGCUUCGCCUUCAGCAGCAGUCCGAGCGCUUCCUCUUCCUGUUUCUUUCGGCGUCCUUCGUCUUGCCGCCAUCCGCGUUCGCUGCCUCGCGGCCGGGAUCUUCGCCGCCGAUCGAGGAAGUCGAUUGCCUCCCCUGCGCCGCCUCUCCUGUCCUCGCGCUUGACGCGGAACGCGAGGCGCAUGGCGGCGACGCGGGCGACGAGCUCAUGCGCAGCGAGGAAGGCCGGAAGCGGGAGAGCCGGGGCACUGCGGCUUUCUUCGCGAAGGAAAAACAGAGGCAGUCUGCAUUCCAGUGCGAAAAAGAGGCCAUUCUCUCGUGCGUCUUCUUCGACAUGAACGACGAUCUCCUGUUCCGACUAAAUGAGGAGCUCCCCGAAAAGCCUUCACAUGAGGAGGACGAAGACGAACCUGCCGCAGGCGGCAGCGUGUCUGCCCUCGCCGCCGCAGGCGGCCCUGUGGCUGCUGCUUCGUCUGCGUCCUCCGCUCUGGCCGCUGGAGGGACGAGCGCCGCAGUGGCCGCGGCGGUCGCAGCCGCGGGGGCCUUCUUCGAGUCAGAUGCGGCGCUCGCGGGCGUCUCGCGGACCGCUGCUCUUCGGCUGAGGAGGAAAGCCAAACAGGAAGUGCUGAAGCUGGACAAACAGAAGCGCAUCGAGCUCGUCAAGCAAGGCAAAAGCGCGCUGGAGCUCCACGCGAUGGCGGCAGCCGAACAAGAGACGCGGUCUUCCAAGGCGCGCAGCCCGCUACAGGAGUUCGUGGUCACUCUGGGCGAGUUUUCGCUUAAAGAGAAGUCUGGCAACGUGCUGCAGAGACUCAACACUUCGUUCGACGCGUUCCAAGAGACCAGGAGGCUUCACUGCCGAGGCAAAGACCAAGGAAGUCGAGGCGGCAUCCCGCUGAUCCACACGAAGAUCGCCUUCCAGCUUCAGGGUGUGCAUCCGGUGGCUGGCAGGCGCGGCCGUUUGGCGAUGCUGCGCUUCCACCGACCCGACUUUCGCGCCGGACUCGUGUCUGCGCUGCGAGGCCCCUUCGGCGACGUGGGCUCCUUGGUCUCCAGCCACUACUCGCGAGAAGAUCGCCGAGGGAGGACGACGGGCUCCCAAAGCGCGGACAGAACACCGUGGAUUGUCCUCCCGCCGGAGCCGAGCGAAGUGAUGCGGCGGCUGCGCGAGGAGCUAUACGGCAGCGCGUCGGGGCGAGCGCUGGAGAGCGGCUUCCGCGACGCAGAUUCUCGACACGUGGACGGCGACGAUGAGCGCUCGUCGCUCCUGUCUGGGACGUCGCGGCGGGGGAAGGGGCUGAAGGGCGACGCGUCAGGGGGGGGCGCAGGCGACAAGGACGAGCGCGGCAACGCCGUCGGCGCGAAGGCCCGCGCCUCCGUCGAAGGCGCCGUGGAGGACUCGCACGGAGGCGGGCCGGAGGACGACGGCGACCGCGAACAGAUUCAUCUGGUGAACCACUUCUACACUGCGCAGGACCUCUCCCUGCGCGACGACGCGCCCAUCGCCGUCUUCGAGUACAUGGAGCAGCAGCCGCUGCUCAUGCACAACCCUGGCAUGGCUGUGCGCAUAACGCGGCACUUCUUCCCUCCCUCGCCGCCGAAUGCCGACCUCGGUCGACAGGAGCAGCUGCAGCUCGCCGAGCGGCAGGCGAAGGGACGUCUAGGGCCGUUCGGCGAGUUGCGCCUGCAGCAGGACGAUGCGAAGAUCAUUCUUUUCGGGACUCGCCUGCCUCUGGCGCGUGGACAGGGCCAAGCUGUGGUCGAGAGUCCUCUGCUGAAGGCGCCGGUGUAUGUGCACCCGUCGACGCCUGCGGCUCCACUGAAGCGCGACGUCCGGUUCCACGACUACCGCGAUACGGACUUUAUUCUCGUGCGGACGAAAGCCAAAGACCGAUGGAAGGUCUUCCUUCGGCCCCUGCUGUAUCCGCCUCCCGAGAAGGGCGACGGGGGCGCGUGGCUCUUCCGCGCGUCUGGCGGCUUGGAGAGCCUCACGGUCCUCGGCAGCCCCGGCAACUGCGGCGUCUACACAGUCGGCCAGUGCGAGCCGCGCAUGGAGGUUCAGGCGCCCAACUCAAAGAAGCACCUGGACGACCGGAAGCUGCACGCCAAGGCGUGGGCACUUCGGCUGGCGGCGGAGCGCAACGUGACGGACAUGAAGCGGAUUAAGGACUUGGUAAAGCAGCGGUUCUGUCCGCCGGUGAUUGAGAAGGAAGUGACGCAGAUGCUGAAGCUGCUCUCGCCGAUCGCGCCGCAUCGUCUGCCGCGCCUGGACGACGCUGCGCUGCGUUCCAUCAUUCGCCCGGAGGUGAUUUGCUGCCUCGAGGCGGCCCACGCCGCGCUGUACCGGCUGAAAGCAAUUGGCAUCAUGACACUGACAUCGGCGGACGGCCUGUCUGGCGUCGCGCAGUUCAUCGAGAAGGAGGAGCGCCACGCGCAGGAGAAAGUGGUCGCCGCGAAGAAGCGCAUGAAGGAAAUCGAGCUGAAGUUCCGCCAGCAGGCGGAGGCCCGGCUGCCCGCUGCCGGCUCCGACGACGGCGCGAAGAACGCAGUCCGCGCACAAGCGCUGAAGGAGAUCAACGAGGCUUGCCAGCGCGCGAGCGCCGCGCUCGUGAGCGUCUGCACAGCGUACGCGGAGAGUCGAAUCGGGAAGCGGUACGGGCACUUAGUCCGCUUCAUCGAAGAACUUCUGCUCCUGACGCCGUGGAACCUGACGAAGGAGUGCAAAGACGUCCUGACAAACAAGGGCAGCGCGCAGUUCAUGCUGACCGGCUUCGGCGAUCCCUCGGGUGGGCGUGGCGAGGGCAUUUCGCUGAUCAAGCGUCUGAACCGCGAGCGCUCUGGCCUCUCCUUUCUCUCGGGGAUGAGCCGCGGUGGCGGGUUCUCCCGGGACGGCGCCCGCUCGAUGGCCGGUGCGUUUGGUCCGGGAGGCAUCUUCCUGGGCGCGCACCUGGGCCCCGGGGCGAUGAGUGGAGGUGUCGCAGGCACCGGGGAAGAUCUGCGGAAGCUGUCGAUGCAGGAGCUGCGGCGAAGGCUCCUUCAAUACGGCCUCUCGGAGUCCGUUAUCCGCACGCUGCCUCGCUGGGAUCAGGUUGCACUCGUGCGCCAGUACCGCGACGGCUUCGGCAGCGCGGACUUUGCGCCGCCGGGGGGAGAGAACGACCAAGACGAGGACGAGGACGCGAAGAAGAACAAGAGUCUGCUCCUGAGCAAGGGCGGCCGGCUGCGAGCUGAGGAGUACGACGAGCGCCUCGUCGGCAUCCUCCAGAGACAGAAACGCGCGCUCGAGGCGGACUUCCCUGCCAUCACAGACACGGAGGAAGAAGAGGAAGAGAAAGAAGAACCCGGCGCUGGAGACAGGGCGGAACGCGACGGCCAGGGCCCAGCAGACGCGCAGGCGCAGGUGGUCGACGGGCACAGCGGAGCGGGAGGUGCGGGCGCCGGUAACGCCGCGCCUGACGGCCAGGAGCGAGGCGUGGAAGACGCUCUGCUGGCUGCGCUCGAUGGAGAAGAAGAGGAAAAGGAGGCCGACGAAGACGAACUCGAGCGACGAGAGCUGCAGGUGCUUCGGCAGCGCCAGGAGGCGCGAGCCGCCAAACCGCUGACAGCCGAAGAGCAGCAGCGCGCCGAUAUGAAGGUUCAAGCAGUUCCCUGCCUGCGGUGGAUCCGCCGCUUCCGCCAGCAGGCCGGGGAGCCGUUCGGCACGGAGCGGGUUAUCUUGAUCUACGGAGAAAAAAACAUUAAAGAAUUUAUCCAGUGGCGCACGCGGAGACUCGAGGACACGCGCGCGCGGAUGCUCGCGUCGACGAGGAGCAAAGAAGCUCUCGCCGGCAAGCGUGUGUGCCGAGCAUGUGGCCAGCCGGGCCACAUCGCCUCCAAUGUGAACUGCCCGCUGUACAACGGGCCGAAGCGUCCGGCGGCGGCGACGACGCCUCCGCCGCCGUUGAAGAAGCGGCGGAAGGACAACCAGCAGCUUGAGGAGGACUUGUUGCUGAUGGGUUUGUACGCCAGCGAGGGUCGGGAAAACGAGAGCGAGGUGAACGGAGGCCACACCGGGAACGGGUCGACGCUGCUGCCCUACGCGGGCACGGCGGGGACGCCGGCGCGCGGGGGGCGCGGCGGCCGCGGUGGGCGGCACGCAGCAGCAGGCGCCCACCGCGGCGCCGCGUGGGACGACGACGACGAGGAUUUUUUGAACGACGGCGCUUCCUCCGUGGUGUCGUACGCCACGCGACGGCGCGGAGGCGCGCGGAGCGUCGUGAGCGGCACGGAGAGUCACCGUGCAGGCGCGCAGGGGCGAAGGAAGGCCUCGCGCAAGCGAGGCCAGGGCGGCGGAGGAGGAGGAGGCGGCCGAGGCCGCGCGAGCCGCGCAGGCGCAGACGAAGAGGACGAAGAAGAGGACUUGGAGGAGGACGAAGAAGACGAAGAAGGCGGACGCUGGGCCCCCGGACGGAGCCGGAGAGCAGCCGUCGACGAACUCAAUAUCGCGCUCGCAAGAAUCGUCAACGUCGUCCUCCAACAACAGAUCUUCAAGCCCUUCUGGCAGCGCGUCGACGAGCGCUACGCGCCGAACUACUACAAGGUGAUUGCGAACCCAAUGUGGCUGCAGAAAGUCGCGUCAAAGUGCAAGCAGAGAGAGUAUUCGUCGGGGGAGCAGUUCUUGGCGGACAUCCACCUGAUUGUGAUGAACUGCUUCCUGUUCAAUCCGCCAAACUCACCGAGCGCCUGGCUGCGCGAGCGAGCGACAAAUCUGGAAGAGACUGUGCGGCAGAAAUUCGAAGAACAGAAGGCCGUCGUCUGCGAUUGCGAAGCCAUCAUCUUCGGCGAGGCACCUGCGCAGGGCGACGAUGCCCAGGGGAUGGGAGGCUCCACCGCCGCAGGUUAUGCUGUGUUGUGA